GUGCAGCCUCAGGGCUUCCGGUCCCGCCGGCGGCUUCCGGUCCCAUCGGCGGCUUUCGGGCCCUGGGCAGCGGGCUUCGGUGCUGCUGGGCAGGGACGGGCUCGGCGCCGUGUCAGCGGGAAGGACCUGCACCGCCCCCCCCCAACCUGCAGGCCUCGGCUCCUCGGUUCCAGGCCCUCAGUCGAGGGGCCUGGGGCUUCUCCAGAAGGGGGUCCUCGGGCCUUCCUGCCGGGGACCCUGCAGCUCUUUGGUUGGGGAACCUCAGGAAUGGAGUCUCGGGCCCCUUGGCCGUGGGCUCCAGGACGCUCACAGAAGCACAGGGAGCUGAGAGAGAAAAGCAGGGCCGGAGGGCAGUUAAAGCGCUGAAACAUUCCACUCAGGACCGUUGCCAUAGGGCACAAGAGACCUCAGUCAUCCCCGAAUACCGUGUGGACUGAAAAAACAAUGCACCACCUAAAAGUUGAGAGUUACGUUUUAUUCGGUGGACAAGACUGAGGACUUAAGCCCGGGACACAGCAUCUCAGAUAACUCAGGGACUGUUCCGAAGAGCCUUCUGACUGCAGGUACCCAGGUAGCCAAAACUUGGACCAAAAGGACCUCCUGGGUAGCACAGUCUCGGAAUGGGGAGAGGAUGGAAAGCCAGCAUGCGGCUUUGAUAAACGCUUGCCCAAUUGGAUCGCAUUCAAGUUGUUUUCUUGUUUCUCUGUGGCCUCUGCCCACUGAAUCGGGGCCCCGGCUGCCUCAGGGGGGAAGCAGACACAGCGAAGAACAAAGAAAUCAAUUGACUUUCCGGAUGAAUUUUUAAAACUCUCAGCAGAGCCUCGGGAUUUGCUCCAGAGACUCAGGCCUCCCUUGGCCUUGGGACCCUCCUAUCCACCUGCCCUGUCCUGUCUCAGCCCAGCCCUGCCGCCCUCCGCUCUCAACGCCCUUGUUCUCCUGAGUCUUCUGUUUUCCUCCAGCCCCCAGGCGAUCCUGUUUCCAGCAGCUGCAGCCUCUUCCCAGCUCCUUCUGGCUGCUUGCCAAUUACCUGGAGGAGCCAGACCCAUCUUGAGGCACCCAGCUCCCGGCCACUCUCCCCCCCCCCCCCCCCCGUCCCCGCCUGCCACGCCCAGGCGUCCGUGACUAGCUGCUGGGCCCGGGAGCCCACGCCCAUGGCAGGGAGAGGCCAUGUGGCCCUCUCACCCUGGCCAGGCCCUCGCUGGCCCCUGCUCCUUGUCAACCUUUGGAGAGGGGUCCCUGUUGGGCCUGCUGGUGGAUGGGCCGCAAGGCCCAGGGCCACUGCCCAGGUUCUGGCCCCAGGUUGGCCAGACAAGUGAGUAAUGGAUUCUCCCUCCCAGCCCAGCUUCUCCCUUAUCAGUGGUAGGAGUUGCUAUGAAUAUUCAUGGCACUCAUGAAUACUCACGCGGGUAAUGACGCGCUCCUCUCUACCCCCUUGCCCUUGAGCACCUCCAUAGCUCUCCAGGCUCCCUGCACCCUCUUCUCUCCUUGACCCCUGCCUAAGGGGGCUGUACCUGCAUUGCAGUGAGGCUGGCAGGAGACCCCGGGUGGGAAAGACCCCUGGCCUGGUGCCCAGGGGGUCUGGGUUCCUGUCUCCACUCUGACCCCAUUCUGCAUGGGAGGGCUGGCUUCCCCUGGGCCUCAGUUUCCCUUCUGACCUCCAUGGGCACCGAGGGUCCGGCCAGGCUGACUGCCCCUGGAACAAACACAUCCUCUGAUUCCACUUUCUGGGCGGGUGCUCCAUUGUGUGGGGACAAAGCUGGGGGCUUGGGUUCUCUGGGGGUGAGCCAGGCAGACUUUGGGUUACCCAGGUGGGUAACCAGAGACGCCUGGGGUCCGAUGUCACGGGCCUGCGGCCAGGGCCUGCUCAGCUAGCUGUCCCUUGGGACUGGGGAGACACAGGUGGGUGGGUGCACUCACCAGGAGGGGUGGGGUCAGCUGACAGGACAGCAAACGCGAAGAGCUGCUGAGCAGGCAGAGAUCCUCUGCUGUGGUCCGUGUUCAAUACCCGUGUCCGCAGGGGAGACCGGAGUGUUUACCUCUAAGAUGAGGUCCAUCUUGAGAGAGUCACCCUCACAAUGCAGUAGAGACACUGGAGGGAAAUAGGGGACGAGGGGCAGAGAUACGGCAGGAGAGUUCAGAUCUGGAGGCUGCGGAGGGGGUGGGGAAAGGGGCGGGAAAACCUUCGAGGUCAGGGUCAGGGUGAGCUGGGGCUUCCCUCUGCCUGGAGGGAGUCAGGCUGCACUGCUCUCGCUGCGUGGCCUUGGGCAGGCCGCCUGGCUCUGCAUCUCAGUGUCCCUCUCUGUGCAUGCCUCUUCCCGCUGUUUUCAAGGCCAGCUACCCUUCCCUGCGUGGGAGGGCCCCACCCUGGGGCAUUUGGCCACUUGUCCGGAGAGGAGCCAGCCUGGGGAGCCGUGACACACCGCAGAGCCCAAAGCUUUGGGAUUCCAAGAGGGCAAACCCUGCCUCUGCGUCUGCCCAGGCUCCCUGCCACCCCAGACCUCUGGGGGUGCUUCCUCUCCCGGCACCUCCGCCCAUGCUGAACCCCGGUUUCCCUGCAGCUCCCUCUUUGCUUGUCUGACUCUCCCUGGGCUGCAAGCCGUGGGCAUCCAGGGCGCCCAGCCCCGUCUCCUGCUGAUGGACUCCCCCAGGGCAAGGAGCAGCUCCUGGCCCGCAGGCCUUUUCCAGGGCUGAGGGUCUCUGGCAGGAGCACAGCGGUGGCCAGCUUGUCGAGGAGAGUAAGCCCUGACCAGCACCUUCCAAGAGUUCUAAGACACGAGGCCCUUUCUGUCCACUGGUCACCAACUAGACUCCACGGACAGCGGCCUCCUUUGCACGUGAGCAAACUAAAGGCUCUGGGGGUCCUGAUCCCUGAUCCCCGUGCUUCCAACACACACUCUGACCCCCGUCCUGGGGCCCUGCCCUGCUCCCUGCAGCCUGGAGUGGAGGCUCGGAGUGGUCCGGCGCUCGCCCAAGGUCGUGCAGGGAGCAGGUGAGGCCAGGCCCCCACCCACGUGCAGUCUGCGCCCCGUCCCACCUUCCCGGGUGGAGGACAGACGGCGGGCCUCUGCCCAUGGGUCUCACUCAGGCUGACCCCGCAUGAGUUCCUUCACCGAGACCCAGCCUUCUCCGUGCUGUUUGCCUAAAUUUAUUCAACUCAGUCUUCCCACAGGAGCCCCACGGCCACUGUCAACAUCUGUGGGGACACAGCCGAGGAAUGCCUAAUGAAGGCUCGGCGUGGCCCCGCCAUGGAGCACAGGCUGGGACAGAUGGUCCAUCAUUACUCAUUUUUAUUAAUUACUAGCUCCGCAUGCCGCGACUGGCCAGCCAGCUCCAGGCUCCUCGGAGGUGCCACGGGCCCAGCUCUUCUGGAAGGAAGAGACGGCCCUUCAUUUAGAUCAGCGUGCCUCCCGGCCUCCUUUGAGCCACAGACAUUUCUGGCUCGCGCGGUCCCUGGGGUGCUGGGCCGGGCGUGGAGCAGCGGUCUUGCAGCUGCCACCUGCCUGAGGGGACUAGGAGAGGGGCCUGCACAGGACAGGAACGGGGGGCUGCUGGAGACCCCGGCCCGGGGCUCGGGCAGGCACAGGACCCCCAGGAGCCAGCUCCGGGCUGUGGCCGCCUCCUGAGCCCUCUCCCUGCUGGCCUCUAGCCUGCGGGGCAUAACCUGCCUCAGAAGGAGCCUGUCUUCCAUCUCCGCCCUGCUGGCCUCGUGAGGGCCUUGGGGCCCGCAGACCCCUGGUGCCGGGGAAGCUUGUGCUCUGGGUGUUGGUCCGGUUGGAGCUCCACAGCCAUCUGCAGAUGCUCUAGACCCUGGCUUGAUCCCCCCCGGGGGCUCCCUGGGCCUCUGGGGCCCCAUAGCCUUGGGUCCCAGCCCAGCAUUGCCUCUGACUUGCAGGGAUGCAGGGUAAAUCCCCCCAUCCCGGGACUUAGCCCCAGCUGCAAGAUGGGCGCACGUCCUCCUUGCAUGCCGGUGGUGGGCGGCCCCAGAACCUGCGCUUCUACUGAUGCUGCGGAACUGGGACCAGUUCUGCUUUGGGCAAGUCCCUUGCCACCCGCAGCCUCCGCGAGGGGUGAUCGUGUCCUGCCGGACCCCCGACGAGAAGGGGGAGAAAGUGCAUGGGGGACGGUGACCCGCCACGUCAGACAGUCCUGGGAGGGGUUCACUGAUGCUGGGGGACGACUGGGGGCCCCAGGCUGUGUCGGGCGCCCUGGGAGCCCGCGUCUCCCUGCGGCCAGGACACCGACUUCCCUCCAGCUUCAGUGUGGCCUGUUAGCCCGGGAGAUGAUGGGACAUGAAGGACAAGAUUUCUAGUCAAUAAAAAGGCGCCGUGGAGGCUUUUUAUAUCUUGCUUCUGUCGCACUGGGUAGGCGUUUUAUCUGCUGCCCACUUGACAGUACAUCACACAGCUGGGUCCCUGCCCUGCUGGUGUCCAUCACAGCCUGUCCCGGGCUGCUGCCCAUUAGCCCGCGAAGCCCAGACUCCCGAGAGGUCAGCUCCAGGGGGCACUGGUGGCUGCACAGCCAGGAGAGCUGGGGACACCUUUGCAGAGAUGCAGGGGAGGCGAGGAGGUGUGGGUGGAGGUCACGUGGGAGGGGGCAGGCAGGGCUGGGCCGAGGACCGAGCUGAGGCCAGGAGCCCUCAGAGGUGGGCCCACCACAGGCUGCCCUGAGAUGGCCCGAGGAGCCGCCCUGUCUGGGGCAGGACGGGGUGCUCAGCUCUUCUCAAGACAGAGCCAGGUGGGACAUGUAGGUGCAUAAACCAGCAGCUACCAGGGCUGAGUAGUGAGCUCCCUGACACUGGAGGAAAUCAAGCACAUCCUGAUGCCCCACUGGGCCAGGAGGCUUGAGUGGGAGAAGAAAGGACAGUAACACAAGGGCCGUGUGUAUUUUUCUCAAAAGUAAUUGAGCGGGGGGGCACGUUGUCCUGCAAGGAGGUGGUGGAGGGCCACCUCCCACACUAGUUGGUGCUUUAAUGGAGGCCCAGGGGCUGGGCAGCCUGGAGGGAUCUGAGGCCUGCAGCUGUAGAUCCCAGGCUGCCCUGCAGAGGCGUCGACAUGGACCCAGGAAGGGGUGGAUCAGGGUGGCUGUGAGGAAGGCCACCCCCUGGACUCUCGUCCACAUGCCUCUGACCCACGGAUCAGGCCAGAGGGAGGGCGCUCGGCCAGGAAGGAUGGAGGCGCUGGCCUCAUUCCUGGAGGAGACUCAAUCAAUCGUUCCCUGCAGCAGGGCACCUCCUGGCCCAGAUCUCCUACUUUGCCUGGUUUUCCAUCCUGACGGGGGCUCAGGGUAAGUGGCCUGUCUGUGGGGGCAGAGGGCCCUCUGGGAAAGGAGAGCAGCUGACACCGAAGCAGGAGAUGGGACGGUCGGUUGGCAUGGAGACUGCCAGGGGGAGGGGCGGAGUUGGCCUCUGUUCCCUGGACCCACUUGCCUGUCCCUCCCCUGGGAUCCCCCCCCCCCAGCCAGGUCAGUUCAAGUCCUGUGAGGGGCACUGGGGCUCGGGGGCACUGGCACAAGCCCUUUCCUGCAAGGUGAUCCCCGACCAGGAACCACGACCCCAGCCCAGGUGAUGGGCGUGCACGGGCACCUGAACCGGCCCAGGACACCCAAGCUGGGCCUGAAGGGCAGAGGCCUGGGGCAGGCUGACCAGCGUGCUGGACAGCAUGCCACGCAGGGGCACAGGCGUAAGCGCAGGCCUGGAGGUGAGGAGGCCACACCCUCAGAAGGGGACGAGCGCCCGCUAGGAUGGUGCCCACUGAACCCAGACCCGCCCUCCUGCCCCCGGGCUCCUGCGCCCCGGGGCUGGGCUGCAGCGGGUCUCCCAGGGAGAAGGGUGGGCAUUGGGGUCCCCACCGAGCAGGGCAGCAGGGCUACACGCUGACGGCCCACCUGUGAGGAAGGGCACGCCUGUGGCUCGGUCCCGAAGCACCUACUGUGAGUACUUUGCCCAAAGGUGGCACUGCUCUGACUGGUCCUGACCCCAGGGGCUCACGUGAGAAGUGGGGGAAGGGCCGGUGCUGCUGCCGCUUUCACUGUCGGCCGGGGCCCACAUGUGUUCAAGGCCACGCCCACCUGUGGCCUCCGACGGCCCCUCCAUCUUGGAGUCCCUGGAGGGACCUGGCGGCCCCCCCGGGGAGCUGUGGUCCCCGGCCUCUCACGCUGUAGGAGACCAGCUCCAGCCCUCAAAGCACGAGGGGCUGCAAGCCCCUUUGGGACAGCUGUCCUAGCCCCACCUCUGCAGCCCCGGGAAAGGCGGCCCGCUAGUUCCCAGAACUUGGAGACGCAAUGGACCCGACCCAGGUGUGAGGCCCCCUCUGUCUGUCCGUCCAUCUGUCCUUCCGGCCCGCAUCCGGUCUGCAAACAUUGGCUGCUCCUUGAUGGUGGCCCUGGGCCGCGCCUGUCAGGGACACAGACCUGACGUCUCAGGGUCCCUGAGGGCAGGGUGCCUCAGCGCGGCCCGAGCUCCGACAGCCCCGGCUGUCGUAAUCCACAUUCCUAAUCGUCAAGAGGGACAAUUCUGGAAAAAAAAAAAAAAAGAGAACGAAAAGCACCAUCAUUCGGCCAGGUCUUACUUCUACGCACACGUACAUUUGUUCUUUGCAAAAUUGGAAUUGAAUUUUCUAUGCAGUUCAUACUCUGUUGAUUUCUCCACCCAACAGCCCAUCGUGUGGUUUAUCCCAGACGCGCGAUGCCCACAAAGACGUGCAUUUCUGCAGCCUCUGGCUUCCAAGGAGGAGACAUGGCCCCCAUUUCCUCCGGUCGGUGUGCAGCUGGCCCCGAGGAGCAGGUGGGGACACAGGUGCGAACAGAGGUCACGCAGGUGAGCAGGAGAGGCCAGAGCUGAGGCCACGGGGGAGCAGCGUGGCGUCUGAAGGCUGGGCAGAUGUCUCUGCCUCCCUCAGACCAAGACACGCCAUGGGAGUGGCGCUGCGAGGCCUCCAGGCGCCCAGCCCCACGAUGGGGAAGAGCGGCCGUGAUGUGCGAACGACUCAGAGCCGCUCAGCGAAACGGCAGCCAACGGACACACACCUUUGGACGGGGUGGAAGGAGCCAGACCCAGGGAGGGCAUAUACUCUAUGACCCCAAGUUUAUGAAAUUCCGGAAGAGAGUAAGCCAACGUACGGUGGGAAAAGUCAGAGCCAGGCUGGCGCGGGGGGCUGGGGCACGUGGGCAUUUUUGGAGCGAAUGUUCUGUCUGUCAAUGGGGGUUUGGGCUGCAGAGCACACAUUAGAGCAUUCGAUGGUCCCCCUGAUGUUUCUACAUUUCAUUAUCAGUUUUACUGCAAAGAAUGAAAAACUCCAUAACGAACAUUGAAGUCUAGUUUGUGCUGUGCGCGCUGCCUGUUUAGGGGUGGCGUGUAUGGACAUCUGCAGCCAGCUGGGAAAGUGGUUGAUUCCUGGGGGCUGGAGAGAAGGGUGAUAAAGUAAGUGGGGCCAGGCGUCUGCUGUGGGCCUUUGGGUGUCACUAUAAAAUUAUAUCAACUCUUCUGUAUGUUGGAAAAUUGGCAAGAUUACAUGUGAAAGCCGAUGAAAGAGCCCCGGUGCUGUAGCCAAGCGGCUGGACCGUGGUAGCUGUUCACUGACCGUGUGUGUGAGACCUUGGGCUAGUUUCUUGGACUCCUGGUGCCUCAGUGUCGCCACGGCAUGAAAGAAUUAACGAGCAUCAAGUACUUACACACAGUAAGUACUGGCGUACAGCAGGUGCUUGAAAAGUGCGCCCUUUGUUGGUAGCAAUUCCAUUGUUGGUAAUCUUGAGUUAUCAGGGCUCCUACAUGUGCUGGAGGCAGCCCGGGAGGCUGACGGAUAAGCCAAGGGCUUGCACUGAGUUCAAGAGUAAAGGGCCCCAAAGAGUCAAAACGAUCUUGCAGAUGAAGAACGAAGCAGAGGGUUCCCACGUCCCACGGUCAGGUUCUACAGGGAACGGGACAGAGGGGUCUGGCAGAAGGAUAGAGACAUAUACACCUAUGGGGUGGAGCUGAGGGUGCAGAAAUAAACCCUUGUAUUUACGGUCACUUUAUUUUUGACAAGGGGGCCAAGAUGAUUCAACGGAGAAGGAACAGUCUUUUCAGCAAAUGGUGCUGGGACCAACAACACGUGCAAAGAAUGGAACUGGACCCCCUUUUCACAGCAUCUGAAAAAUAACUUAAUGGAUCAAAGACCUAAAUAUAAGGGCUGAAACUAUAAAACUCUUAGAAGAAAACAUAGGAGUAAAUCUUCACCUUAGGCAGGGGCUUCUUAGAUACGACAUCAAAAGCACAAGCAACGAAAAGAAAAAAAAAAAUUGGACCUCAUCAAAAUUAAAAACUUUUGUGCUGCAAACAAUUCCAACAAGAAAGUGAAAAAACAACCUAUAGGAAGGGAGAAAAUAUUAGCAAAUUAUAAAUCUAAUUAGGAACUUGUGUCUAGAAUAUAUAAAGAACUCUUACAACUCAAUAAUAAAAAGAUAGAUAGCCUGGUGGCUGUGGACAAGGCCCCUAAUAGACAUUUCUCCAAAGAAGAUUUACAAAGGCCGAGAAGCUCAUGAAAAGAUGCUCAGCAUUAUUAGCCGUUGGGAAAUGCAAAUCAAAACCACAGUGAGAUACCCUUUCGCACCCACUGGGAUGGCCAGAAUCAAACAGACAUAAAAACAAGUGGUGGUGAGGGUGUGGAGAAGUCGAAACAUACACACUGCUGGUGGAAAUAUGAAAUGUUGCAUCCACUUUGGAAACAGUUUGGGAAUUCUUCAAAAUGUUAAACACAGAGUUACCAUAUGACCAGCAAUUCCACUCCUUGGUAUAUACCCAAGAGAAAUGAAAACAUAUGUUAAUGUAAAAACUACGUAAACGUUCAUGGCAGCAUAUUCGUUAAUACCCCCAAAGCGGAAACAACCCAAAUGUCCAUCAGCUAAUGAAUGGAUAAUAAAAUGUGGUCCAUCCAUACAAUGGAAUAUUAUUAGCCAAUCAAAAGGAAUGAAAUUGUGACAUAUGCCACAACAUAUAUGAGUCUCAGCUUUGAAGUUCCUGCAGAAGUCUUCUGGGCAGGCGUUGGGCCAGCCCUAUGGCAUGGCAGUGGAAAUGGGAAGAGAAUGAUUAAUUCAAGAUGCUACAGAGGCAUGUGUCAAAGGGUGCAGGCAUGGAUCCUCCCUUUCCCUUCCUCUCCACAUCUUGCCAUCUCUGUAGAAGUUGGAGAAGAGGGAUCUAGGAUUCUAAACCGUGUAGGCCAAGUAUCUGUCAGAAGGAGAAGCAGUGGAGUAGGAAGAAGGGAAUCUAAAUUUUCCUCGUAGACUUGCUGCCAGCUAACAUUUGACUUGGGCAAGAAACCUCACUUCGUGGGCCUCGUCUUCCUUGCGUGUAAAAUGCUGCUGCUUCAGAUGCUCUCUCAGACUCAUUCAGCUCGUCUUCCACUCUUUUAUUCCAAACGCCUACAUCACAGGUUAACAUGAUUUGAGAUAAACUCCAUACCUGAAAAAACCGAAAAACCGACAACAAAACCGCCUGCAUUUUACCACUAAGACAACACCACUAAGUGAACUUAGCCGGUCACAAAAGACCACAGAGCAUACGAUUCCAUUGAUCUGAAGUGUCCAAAAAAACCAAAUCUACAGAGACAGAGAGUAGGUCGGUGGCUGCCUAGGGCUGGAGGUGGUGGUGGAGAAUGCGGGUGACUGCUAACGGGUACUGGGGUUUCCUCUUGGGGUAAAAAAUGCUCUCAAAUUAGAUGGUUGCACAACUCUGUGAAUACACUAAAAUCCAUUGACUAGCACGCUUGAAAUGGGUGAAGUGUAUGGCAUGUAAAUUAUCCCUCAAUAAAUCUGUUGAAACAAGAGAGCCUUGGGUUCAGGUUCGGACUCGGCUCUCUGGGGCAAGUCUGUCAUUCCAGGAACGAAGUUCAGUCUGAUACGUAAAAUGGGGCUGGAAUGAUUUGCCUUCCCGGGUUAUUGCGGGGACCAGAUGAGAUGACAGAUAUGAAACGAUUUUUCAUUUUAACUUCUGUGUUUAAAGGUAUUACAAAAGGAAAUGUAUGCACAUUGUACAAAAUUCAAAUGGCAGACGUGGGUACUCAGUGAGAAGUCUCAUUUUCUGGGGCGAUGGAAGUUUCAAUAUCUUGAUUGGGGUGGUGAUGACACAGAUGUAUACGUUUGUCAAAACUCGUGGAACUGUACUCUUAAGGAGGUUGAAUUUCAUUGUCAGUAAAUAAUACACACAAGCAAGUAAAAUGUUAUUUUGUUACACCCUUUUUGUACUCGUAAAAAAAAAAAAAAAAGUACUACAUACACUGUUCCUCUCCUUGUUUGUUCCCCUGAAGACCGUUCUGGGAGAUGGACUCAAAUCAGUCUGUGCUUACCCAGCUGCACGUGCCUCCGUGUGGAUGUGUCCCAGCGCUCCACCGCCAGCCGAUAUUUAGGAUGUUUCCAAUCUGCUGCUAUUACAAAGAGUGCUUCAGUGAAUAACCUUGAAUGCAGUAAUAUAUCAUUCUUCACGUUUGUGAGCAGUCUCUGGAGGACAGAUUCCUAGAAGUACAUGCUGCGCCAAAGGAUAUAUGUAUUUGUAAUUUGGACAUUGUUUCAGAUGUUCCAAGAGUGCCUGCUUCCCUAUACCAUUGCAACAUGGUGUCAUUAAACUUUACUCUUUGCCCAUUGGAUCAAUGAAAAACCAUCUUUGAGAGUAAUUUUAAUUUGCAUUUCUGUUGUUAAGUGUGAGACUGGGCACUUUUUGUAUAUAUAAGUGUUAUUUUUAUUUCCUUUUCUGUUCAUAAUCUCUGCUCACUUUUUUCCCUCUUGGGUAUAUUUUUUUAAUUGAUUUGUAAGAGCUCUUUACAUAUGAGGAUAAAGGAUCUUUGCUUGGAUAUAAGUUGGACAUAUUGCUUCUUUUAUGGCUUUUGGGUUUUAUGUUGUUUGUUGUUACUGUGAAGUUCUGGGCACAGGAAGAGACAGUCUCCAUUUUUCUCUGGGUACCAUCUCCCAGGAUGGGGGUGGGGAGGGCUCCUCUCCACAUUAAUCCCGGCCACUUGUGUCCCUCUGCUCUUUCCCUGCGUUCUCUCAGGUGACUGACUGACCUGCCUGGGUCAGCUCCUCCCAGCCAGGCCAUCGUUAGAGGAGAGAGGAGCCAUGACGGGGGUGUGGAGAAAUGUGAGGCCCUCAUCUAUUCUGAAACUCGCUCAGUCACCCCUCCUGUGCUGCUCGGGUGUAUGGCACCUGGAUUCAGAGGUGGGUCAGACUGUCCUGCUCUGCUGAGUUCACAGUCUGGUGGAAAAUCCAAUGUGUGGAAGCUGCCUUGGUGACACCGUGUCCUGCACUUUGUCUGGACCCGUGCUCUCCCUCUGUGUCCUGAAACGAGGAUGUGAUGCCUACGACCCCCUUGGGGAGGAACACACCAGCCUGGUCUUCUCAGACAGGCCAGGUCAUCGGCGGGCCCUGACCCGGAGCAGGACCGGCUGGAGCUGGAGGACGCCCGGGCCGAUGGGGAAGGAGGCCCCGGUUCCGGCAGGACGCCGGCGGAUGGCGAGAGGCGGCUGGCCGUGAGGGAGGCGCUCCCUCCGCCCCCAGCACUCGGGCCGCCCGGCCAUGCGGCUCGGCCCGGUGCGCCCCUGAGAGCGCGGGCGCCCUCCCCUCCCGCCACCCCGUGCCCCCGGGCAGGCCGAGCGGGCGCUCCCGCAGGGCUGGUCCCGAUGGCCGGGUGCCGGCAGGCUGCGCCGUGGGCCUGGGCGUGCGUGGCGGCGGCCGCCCUGCUGCUCGCGGGCGGGCUGGUGCGCGGCGACUGCUGGCUGAUCGAGGGCGACAAGGGCUUCGUGUGGCUGGCCAUCUGCAGCCAGAACCAGCCGCCCUACGAGGCCAUCCCGCAGCAGAUAAACAGCACCGUCGUGGACCUGCGGCUGAACGAGAACCGCAUCCGCAGCGUGCAGUACGCCGCGCUGAGCCGCUUUGGCAACCUCACGUACCUCAACCUCACCAAGAACGAGAUCGGCUACAUCGAGGACGGCGCCUUCUCGGGCCAGUUCAACCUGCAGGUGCUGCAGCUGGGCUACAACCGGCUGCGCAACCUGACGGAGGGCGUGCUGCGCGGCCUGAGCAAGCUGGAGUACCUGUACCUGCAGGCCAACCUCAUCGAGGUGGUGGCGCCCGGCGCCUUCUGGGAGUGCCCCAACAUCGUCAACGUCGACCUGUCCAUGAACCGCAUCCAGCGGCUGCACAGCGCCACCUUCGCGGGCCUGGCCAAGCUGUCCGUGUGCGAGCUCUACAGCAACCCCUUCUACUGCUCCUGCGAGCUGCUGGGCUUCCUGCGCUGGCUGGCGGCCUUCACCAACGCCACGCAGACCUACGACCGCGUGCAGUGCGAGUCGCCGCCGCUCUACUCGGGCUACUCCCUCCUGGGCCAGGGCCGCCACGGCCAGCGCAGCGUCCUCAGCAAGCUGCAGUCCGUGUGCACCGACGCCUCCUACGCGGCCGAGACCCGCCCGGCGCCCGGCCGCUCGCCGCCGCCGCCCCCCGCGCCGCCCGCGGAGCCCAGCGAGGGCCCCUGCGCCGAGGAUGAGUGCUUCUCCGGCGACGGCACCACGCCGCUGGUGGCCCUGCCCACGCUGGCCCCGCAGGCCGAGGCCCGCCCGCUCAUGAAGGUCACGCAGCUGACGCAGAACUCGGCCACCAUCACGGUCCAGCUGCCCAGCCCGUUCAACCGCAUGUACACGCUGGAGCACUUCAACAACAGCAGGUCGUCCACCGUGUCCAGGCUGACCCGGGCCCAGGAGGAGAUCCGCCUGACCAACCUCUACGCGCUCACCAACUACACCUACUGCGUGGUCUCCACCAGCUCGGGGCUGCAUCACAACCACACCUGCCUCACCAUCUGCCUGCCCAAGCCGCCCAGCCCGCCGGGCCCCGUGCCCGGCUCCUCCACGGCCACGCGCUACAUCAUGACCGUCCUGGGCUGCCUCUUCGGCAUGGUGCUGGUGCUCGGCGCCGUCUACUACUGCCUGCGGCGGCGGCGGCGCCGGGAGGAGCAGCAGCAGAAGGCCGCCGCGGCGGCCGCGGCCGGCAGCCUCCAGAAGACGGUCAUCGAGCUCAAGUACGGGCCCGAGAUGGAGGCGCCCGGCCUGGCCCCGCUGUCCCAGGGCCCGCUGCUGGGCCCCGAGGCCGUGACCCGCGUGCCGUACCUGCCGGCGGCCGCCGGCGAGCUGGAGCAGUACAAGCUGGCGGAGGGCGGCGAGACGCCCAAGGCCAGCAAGGGCAGCUACCUGGAGGUGCGUUCAGGGGGGCAGGCGGAGCGCAGGGACGGGGGGCCGGGCCCCGACAGCCGCAGCUCGGUGGCCGAGAUCUCCACCAUCGCCAAGGAGGUGGACAAGGUCAACCAGAUCAUCAACAACUGCAUCGACGCCCUCAAGUCCGAGUCCACCUCCUUCCAGGGCGGCAAGGCGGGGGCCGCGGCCGAGCCGCAGCUGGUGCUGCUGUCCGAGCCGCUGGCCGGCAAGCACGGCUUCCUGGCGCCCGCCUACAAGGACGCCUUCAGCCACAGCCUGCAGCGGCAUCACAGCGCGGAGGCCGCCCCCGGGGCCCCGCGCGCCAGCACCUCGUCCAGCGGCUCCGCGCGCAGCCCGCGGCCCUACCGCGCCGAGGCCGCCGAGGCCAAGUACAUCGAGAAGAGCUCGCCCGCGGCCGACGCCAUCCUCACUGUGACCCCCGCGGCCGCCGUGCUGCGGGCCGAGGCUGAGAAGAGCCGCCAGUACGGUGAGCACCGGCACUCGUACCCCGGCUCCCACCCCGCCGAGACGCCCCUGCCCCACGAGGGCCCCGGCGGCCGCAAGGCGUCCAUCCUGGAGCCGCUGACCCGGCCGCGGCCCCGCGACCUGGCCUACUCGCAGCUGUCCCCGCAGUACCAUAACCUGAGCUACUCCUCCAGCCCCGAAUACACCUGCAGGGCCUCCCAGAGCAUCUGGGAGCGCUUCAGACUGAGCCGCCGGCGGCACAAGGACAACGGGGAGUUCGUGGCGGCCGGCCACGCCCUGCGCAAGAAGGUCCAGUUCGCCCAAGAUGAGGACCUGCACGACAUCCUGGACUACUGGAAGGGCGUGUCCGCACAGCACAAGUCCUGAGCCCCCCCCCCCCCCCCGCCAGGCGCCCGGUGCCCGCGCCCUCCCCGAAACUCGUGAUGCCCACUGGACCAAAAAGGACACAAGAGCCACUGCAGCUGUUUGUAACCCAGAGACCCACGGGACACACCCACACACACACGCUAGCAGCUGUUAAAGCCCUGGGCUUUGCAGAGGAAGCGGGGAGGGGGCACUGACAGUAUGAACGGGAGGUGAACCGUGGCUGAGCACGUGUACCUGCCCUGAGUCAUUCUCACCGGUGUGAGCGGGCCCGUACACACACACAGACACACACAGACACACCACCACACAGACACACCACACACCCCCCCCCAAACACACACCCACACACACCACCACCACCACACAGACACACCACAC